AUGCCAGACCAUCUUGGAGAUGAUAUGCGUAAGACCAAAAAAGGAGAAAAAGUCGAAGAAGAGAAAAAUUUCCAAGGUGAGAGAGGAGUCACGAUCAGAAAUUGACAGAAAAAUUCAUUUAGCUCUGGACGAAGGCGAUAUUGCUGUUUUGAAGAGAUAUGGACAAGGCCCUUAUGCUGAGCAAUUGAAACAGUUGGACACUGACAUCGAAAACUGCUUAAAGAAAGUACGACUUAUUUGCAAUAUUCUCCUCGGCAAUUCUCUCAUUUCAGGUCAAUGAGCUUUCGGGAGUGAAAGAGUCGGACACGGGAUUGGCGCCACCGGCUCUCUGGGAUAUAGCUGCCGACAAGCAGGCCAUGCAGCAGGAGCAGCCCCUCCAGGUCGCCAGAUGCACCAAAAUCAUCACCAGCGACAAGCACGACCCGAGAUACUUGAUUAACGUGAAGCAGUUCGCCAAGUUCGUCGUCGAUCUGGCUGAUUCCGUGGCGCCGACUGAUAUCGAGGUUUAUUAUUGGUUUCACAGGAUAUCCUUCGAAUUAUGGUUUCAGGAGGGAAUGAGAGUCGGAGUCGACCGUAACAAGUACCAAAUUCACCUCCCACUUCCGGCAAAGAUCGAUCCGACCGUCACAAUGAUGCAAGUCGAAGAAAAGCCGGAUGUGACCUACUCCGACGUUGGAGGUUGCAAGGAUCAGAUCGAGAAAUUGCGUGAAGUCGUCGAGACUCCACUUCUUCAUCCGGAACGCUACGUGAACCUGGGAAUUGAGCCACCGAAGGGAGUUUUGCUCUACGGUCCGCCAGGAACAGGAAAAACCCUCUGCGCCCGCGCUGUCGCCAAUCGUACCGAUGCCUGCUUCAUUCGUGUCAUCGGAUCGGAACUCGUUCAGAAAUACGUCGGAGAAGGAGCCAGAAUGGUCCGUGAACUGUUCGAAAUGGCUCGUACUAAAAAGGCUUGCCUCAUCUUCUUUGACGAAAUCGACGCUGUCGGGGGAGCCAGAUUCGAUGACGGACAGGGAGGAGACAACGAAGUGCAGCGUACCAUGCUCGAGCUUAUCAAUCAACUCGAUGGAUUCGACCCGCGUGGAAAUAUCAAGGUAAAAACUUGGAGAAAGAUUCAUGGCGGGAAGUUUGUUUCAGGUGCUGAUGGCGACGAACAGACCGGACACGCUCGACCCCGCUCUCAUGAGACCUGGUCGUCUCGACAGAAAGGUCGAAUUUGCUCUUCCGGAUCUUGCCGGCCGUGCCCAUAUCCUCAAGAUUCACGCGAAGCAGAUGAGUGUCGAGAGGGACAUUCGCUACGAUCUUCUGGCGCGUCUCUGCCCGAACAGCACCGGAGCCGAGAUCAGAUCAGUUUGCACGGAAGCUGGAAUGUUUGCCAUUCGCGCGAGAAGAAAGGUGGCAACCGAGAAGGACUUCCUCGAGGCAAUCAACAAGGUCGUCAAGGGAUACGCCAAGUUCAGUGCCACGCCAAGAUACCUGACCCAUAACUGA